AUGUCUGCCGCUGGUGGUGGCACAGACCGUUCAGAGGAUCCAAGCCCUCACCCAAGCCCACAUGGCAACUUCGCCGACAACGAAACCGACGCGGGCAGUCCGGCAACGACUUGCACCAGUGUUCCUUCGUCCUGUGCCCCCGACGAUGACAGCUUCGGUAGUAUGGUCUCCGAGCCCCACUCCUUCGAUGAGGGCGAGCUCCCGGCCCUUCCUCUGCGCGGCAAGUACCACCGACACAUCUCCCGCUCGGCCCUCAUGCGCGACUCGGUGCACUCACUUCCCUCGAUCCAGAAUUUGCGAAUGCAGUUUGGCGGUGUCAAGCUCGAGCACCGCAUGGGCUCUGGUGUCGGCGUCCGCUCCUUCGGCGCUUUGGUGGAGGAGGAGGAGCAGCCCGAAGAGCGCCGCCGCCACAAGCCGUGGAAGGAGGUCCAGCUCUCGCGCGUUGCUCCAGAGGACGCUCGAGCGGAAGCGCUGCGUCUGACGGCCGACAUGCGCGAGAAGUGGCGGCUGUCCGCAACCGAAAGUGCGCCCUCCACCCCGGCUCCCUUGCCCGAAGAUCUGCGGAGCCUCUUCGUCGACACUGCCCGUGCGAUUCGCCGUGUUCGAGCUCUCACUUUCGUUCUCGUACCGCCGGCCGCGCGGCGAGUUUCGGCAUCGAGUGGGCGCAAUGCAACGUUCUCGACUCCCUCACGGCCUGCCAGUGGCCCGACCGGCCGCUCGGUUUCGGGUUCGAAGGACCGCCUGGUGGCGAGCCUCGCGACGACUCAGCCAGACCCCAGCGCACCUGUGCGCCGUGCGGCCCUCGAGCUUCUCGGCCACUUGCGUGGGCUUGAGGAAACUUGGCGUGUACAGCAGGACCCAGUCCCGACCGUUGUCGUGAUUCCAGACGGCGCUGAUUCGCCAUCGCCGAUGGAGCGACAGCAUUCUGGUGACACGAGUGCCUCCUCACCGUACGCUUAUGCUAACCGGCGCUUGUCGUCGACCUCCUUCGUGGCUCCCAACAGUUCUACGUCGAGUCUCUCGAUCGAGGACAUCUUCUCUGACGACGAGGAGUUCAACAUCAACGCGUUCGCUCGCGAGGCCGAGCAGUCCCACCACGAACCGUGGGAGGACAAGAUCACGUCCGAGGCGCGCGAGUACAAGAUGACUGAAGCGUCUGCUGCGGACGGAACCCGCGCUUCACUGCGGCGCUGGGCUGCGACGGUCGAGAAGGCGUUCAACGAAGCGCUCGACUCACCGCGCCUCGCGUGGCUCUCGGCGGAGCCUGGCACACCCCGCGCGCGGGCGUUCAUUACGGCAAACCUGAGCCCGGAGCAGGCGGCGCUCCUCCCUGCCGACGGAGCCGGCUUCCUUCAGCGCCUCGCGGACGGAUACCUGCUCUGCCAGGCUUUCAACUCGUCCGUCGCCUCUUCGUCACGGCCGUGGGGCUUCAUUCCCGCCGACGACAUCCACGAGACUCUCGCCGAGGCGCAAGACACAGGACGCGAGUGGACCUUCCGCCGUGUCGGCAAUCUGACCUGCUGGGCUGCGUACUUGAUCCCGAUCAAUAUGCCGACGAGUGAGGUCGCGCUCUCCCCGCCUGUACUUCCCGACUCGGCGCCCAUCAAGCCCGCCCCGCCGAAGGCGUUCCCGAGGCAGAGGCAGGCGUCUGCGCACCGUGCGCACUCGAUCGAGUUCGACCCGCUCGUUGUCGCCAAGGGCGCUGCUGGCUGGGAAUCCGCCCUGAAGGCUGUCGUCGAGGCCUGGGUCGAGGCUGCUGCUGCGGAAGUGACGGGCGGCACGGCCGCCCCGAGCCUUGCGGCGUCGUCCGUUGCGCCGUCCGAGGCGCAGCCGACGCCGGACGUAACCGCGACAGCUCUGCCGGAGCAGACGCCCGACGUUUCCGCUGCGCCGCUACCCGAAGCCGAGGAGCCGAAGAACGAGGCGCCCGACGCCGACGCAGAGCCAGAGAACGCCGUCGAGCACUCGCUCCAGUGA